UGGAUUCCACCGGUCCCGUGACCUCCCCGUGACCCCGAGGUGUGCCCGGCUUCCGGGUUCACAGCUUUUCUCCUUAGUUUUUGACUCUCCAACACUUUCUCUUCCUCAAGACGUAGCCCAGCGCCACCAUGUCUUCGUCUGAGAAGGAGUUCUCGCCGUUGAGUCUGUCAACAGUGCGGGCUCUGAACGACAAGCUAUACGAAAAGAGGAAAGUCGCCGCGCUGGAGAUAGAGAAAAUGGUGAAGGAGUUCUCCACAGCGAACAAUAGUUCCCAGAUCCAGCAGCUGAUCCGAGUGCUGACGGAUGAGUUUGCCGUUUCCAACAAUCCCCACAGCAGGAAGGGGGGGCUCAUUGGACUGGCUGCCUGUGCCAUCGCUCUGGGAAAGGAGUCCAGCAUGUACCUGGACCAGCUGAUCGAUCCUGUCCUGGCGUGUUUCUCGGACCCCGACAGUCGUGUUCGCUACUACGCCUGCGAAGCCCUGUACAACAUCGUCAAGGUGGCCAGAGGGGCUGUACUGGGCAGGUUCAAUGAUAUCUUUGAUGGGCUGAGCAAGCUUGCUGCAGAUCCAGAUCCAAAUGUCAAGAAUGGCUCGGAACUUCUAGAUCGACUUCUCAAGGACAUUGUUUCUGAAAGCACCUCGUUUGACCUGGCCAGUUUCAUGCCCCUGCUGAGAGAGAGAAUCUACACUAAGAACCAGUUUGCCAGGCAGUUUCUGGUGUCUUGGGUGACAGUGUUAGACUCAGUGCCAGAUAUCAACAUGCUGGUGUACCUCCCCGAGUUCCUGGAUGGACUCUUCCACAUCCUGGCAGAUCCCAGUAGGGAGGUUAGAAGAAUGUGUGAGUCAGCUCUGGGAGAGUUCCUGAAGGGGAUCAAGAAAAGUCCCAGCAGUGCCAAUUUCAGCAACAUGGUCAACAUCCUCAUAGUGCACUGUCAGGCUCAAGAUGAGUUGCUGCAGCUGACUGCCAUCAUGUGGCUGAAGGAGUUUAUCCUGCUGUCAGGACGGGCCAUGCUUCCGUUUGCCGCCGGAAUCCUGACUGCUGUCUUACCCUGUGUGGCGUACGAGGACCACAGGAGAAAGAAUAUCAAGGACACAGCCAUCGCCGUGAACAACAGCCUGCUGCGGCUGAUCACCACGGAGGACGACCUGUCUGUGCCCACCAGUCCUGUGGAGGGGGAGGAUAAGGACCAGGACAAGGAGAAGGAGAGGGAAAAGGGGUUCCUAUCUGCCUUCUCUUACAAAUCUUCCGGCAUGUUGACGAACUGUUCCCCGUUCUGCUGAAGACUCUAUCAGACAAGGCUGAUGAAGUUAUCCUACUUGACCUUGAAGUUCUAGCAGAGAUUGCAUCAUCACCAGCUGGACAGAGGGCACGACCUGCCGGGGAGAAGAGCAGCUCCAGCCAAAAUCUGGCACAGCUGUGCCUGUUGCUGAAUGCGGAGGCUAUAUUCCGAGCCCUAGCUGAGAUCCUGCUGGAAGAAGAAGACCUGCGAUUCGCUGCCAUCAUGGUGCAGACCCUCAACUCCAUCCUGCUCACCUCCACAGAGCUGUUUGAGCUGAGAACACAACUCAAGGACCUCAAAACAAAGGAGAGUUGUGACCUGUUCUGCUGCCUGUACCAGUCGUGGUGCCACAAUCCCGUGGCUACGGUGUCCCUCUGUCUGCUCACUCAGAACUACAGACACUCCUGCGACCUACUGCAGCUCUUUGGUGACCUGGAGGUGACAGUGGAGUUCCUGACAGAGAUAGACAAGUUGGUACAGCUGAUAGAGUCUCCCAUCUUUACAUACCUCAGACUACAGUUACUGGAUGCCCAACAGAAUGCUUACCUGAUCAAAGCCUUGUACGGACUCCUCAUGCUGUUACCACAGAGCAGAGCAUUCGACACUCUCAGACACAGACUGGACUGUCUACCAGCAUCACAUCUUAUUCCACAGCACCAAAGUGUCCAGGCCCCACCCCCGGAGCAGCGGGAACACGUGGCCAGAAUUAACUUCCACCAGCUGAUACAGCACUUCCAGCACGUCCAAGCCAAACACAGGACAGCGAAGCAGCGCGUCCGGCCCAGACACACCGAGGACAGCACACAGAGGCUGGAAGUGCCAUGAACAGCACUCAUAGGACAGCAUGCACAGACUGGAAAUGCCAUGAACAGCACUGAAAGGACAGCGCACACAGACUAGAAAAUUGUGAUGAGUGAAAACAGUGAAAUGAAAACAGCACAAAUUCAUGAAAGCAGCAACAAUGAAAACAGCACAAAUCUAUGAAAGGGGAGUCAAAAAGUAGCAGGUAUCCACCCUAUAUUCUAGCAAUGGUCCCCCGAUUGCUUCCACAUUUGUACAUUGCGUCUCCUGUCCCCAUUGAAAUGUUUUACAUGAUCCUAUAUUAUUUCAGGAAUCAAAUAUGUCUUAGUAGCAUUGUAGCUUUCGUAAAAUUUUCGAAUCCCUGCAUUCAUGCUGUUUCGAGGACUGAGUGGCUUGGAGCCAAUCAGCCUUGCAAAGCUCAGUUCAAUUAAGUCGAAACUUAGGAGAAACACUGGAGAAACACACCCAGCAGAGAUAUCCCGUGUGUAUCAUCUCUUUUUUCCCUAGUCAGAGGGUCCUUCAUGUUUGCUUUGGAGGAUACAUACCCAAAAGGUUCUUUAUUGCCAAUUAGUGAUUUUUAUGUGUUUCUCAUGAGUUUCAUAGUAAUCAUUCACUCCUAGGAGGAGAGAAUAGCAGGCUGGCAAGUCCUUGUGUUUUUGUGGGUAGAGCAAUUGGUCAUGGAUAUUAGCUGUUUUCCAUUGGGUUUCACAUGUGUGUCCUUCAAUCAUACAUUGGAAUCACAAUAGAAAAGUGUCCCAGUAUGUGUCUGCUGUGUGGCUGAGCUUUGCUAUUCUAUGAAGCAAUCGAGGGAGCAAAUGUGAGCUAGCAAAUAAGGUGGAUACCAGGCUCAUCAAAAUGGUAGAAUCAUAUCUAAAUAGAGACAUGUUACACUUUUUCAUCAUGAAUGGAAAGUAUGCUGUGAAGGUAAAUUUGGCAUUUUGGUCAUUCAAGUAUGCACAUACAUGUAUGCCAACAAGAAC